GUUUGUCAGCAUAGACACAUCACGUAGGCUAGGCUACCGGUUAUACCACCUUCAAAAUAAAUAGCAGCUGUUUGUUUAAUGGAAACUGCAAAUUUCAACUUGAAAACAUUUAGUGAUUCGAAGAAUUAGCUUCUUACAUAGCCUAAGUAAAAGUAGCCUUCCAAUUCAACAAUAUAAAAGUACUUAACAUAAUUAAAAAAAAGUUAAAGCAUUAAGAAUUUUACUGAGCAGCAUUUAACUGUAAUAGAUUAAAUAGUGGAGUAAAAAAAUUAGGCUACCCAAUCCUUUGUAAAUGUAGGCUAGUAUAAGUAGCAUACUCAAGAAAAGUUCCCAAAUUGUAGCAUACUUAAUAGCCUACUUGAGGUAAUUUUCUUGAGUAUCACCCAAAUUACUACUGCUUUUGGGUAACAGAAGGUAAUAAAAGCCAUGUUUGACUCUUAAAUACCGUAAUGAUAAAGCAUAGACAUUAUUUGCAACAAAAAAAACUAAACACAGAAAAACACACACAAAAGGCUCAGCUGUAGGCUAUAUUUGAACAAAAUAGACAUUUUCGCAUUAUUUUUUUCAGUUGGCAAAUAGGCGUUUGUUUUGAAGUUCACAUCUCCUAAUUUCCGGCAUUGUUUCACCUUACAGUGUGUAAUUUGGCGCUAGUGGACCUGCAGCCCUGCAAGGAGUCUCCUUUCUUCCCUCACUGUCUCUGGGUGUCUCCCCAGUUGAAAGUCUGCACUUAUCGCCCAGGUGUGACAUUUUUGGAGUGCCUCAUUGGAACCGCAACCUGCUGAGAAGAUGACUGACUCUACAUUGCCGGACUCCACCGCCGUCCCGGUUGUAGUAGACCCCACGGCGUUGAACGGGCAGUGCGAGGAGAUGGACUCCCAGCAACAGCAGCAGCAGCAGCCCAACACAGAAAGCCAGGGAGAGGGUUUCAAGAUGGACCAGGAGAUGAAGAUAACAGACAGCAUAGAGGACGGAGGUCUUCUGGAAAGCAGCAUGCGUCUGAAGCCUCAUGAAGCACAGAGUUACCGAAAGAAAGCUCUGUGGGUGUCUUGGUUGUCCAUAGUGAUCACAAUCAUCCUGGCCAUCGCUGCUUUCACUGUUUCCAUCAUGCGCCACAGUGCUUCAGCUUUUGGAUUUGCUUUUGAUGCCACGCUGGAUGUGUUGUCCUCUGUCAUUGUACUGUGGCGGUACAGCAACGCUGCAGCCGUCCACUCAGCACACCGCGAAUACAUAGCCUGUGUUAUCCUGGGCGUGAUUUUCAUCCUGUCUUCCUUGUGCAUUAUGGGUAAGGCCAUCCAUGACCUGGCCACCAAGCUGCUACCUGAAGUGGAUGGCUUCCUGUUCACCGUGUCCAUCGUCAGCGGCUUGGUGUGCAUCUCCCUGGCUGUGAUCAAGUUUAUGCUUGGCAAAGUGCUCACGAGCCGGGCCCUCGUCACUGAUGGAUUCAAUUCCCUGGUGGGGGGAGUCAUGGGGUUCUCCAUCCUCAUCAGUGCUGAAGUGUUCAAGCAUGAACCCCAGGUGUGGUACCUGGACGGGACAAUAGGUGUCCUCAUGGGUCUUAUCAUCCUCGCCUAUGGAGUCAAGCUGUUGCUCGACAUGGUCCCACGGGUCCGACAAACCAGGAACUACGAGCGUUUUGAGUGACGGACCACCAAGGAAAGAAAGAGGGAGAAGACGAGGGUUUGGGAGGGAUGGAAAGGGGGCUGACCAACUGACUGACUGACAGGAGAGGGACAGGGGUUACAGUUCCCACAGUCUCAGACGAUAACAUUCAGUCCCCGAGGUGCCAGCGGAGGCUUCAGUGUCUGUACAGUCCUCCCAUUCAAAAAUUUGAACUAUCCAGGCUGAUGAUGACAGUGCGGGUGGAUACAAUUCUUGGCGCCUUUUAAGUGUGUUACAAUUUGGUGUACAUAUUAUAUAUGUAUCUGUCUUUUAACAGUGAAUUAAUUUAACUGUUCUUUCAUGCCUCCGUAUUUAAACAAGAGGGUUAAAAAGAUAGAGGGAGUAAACUGUGAACUUAAACAUUUUUUUGACUCAGUUGUAGUAGAGACUGAGACGAGCUUGGACUGCAGCGUGCAGGAGACAUAUGGACCCAGAGAGUCCAUAACUCCUUAGAAGCAACAGAUUUUUGUACAGCAAGUUGAUGUACAGUACCUCAGUUACACCUUAUCACCCUGUCAAAACACAGCAGUUUAUUUUUUUCCCAUGGUUGCCAGAGGCCUUUGCUCAGCUGUGCUAUAAACUUUUGUAGUGUGGCAGGUCACACUGAUUGAUGUAGCUGAUGUAGCAGUGCAGGAUUAAUGGUGUUUUACCUUUUAUAUGACCAGAGAGGAUAUAUCAAUACAAGGCCCAUUUGGCAUAGGGAGCAGGUAUAUAAGCGCACACACACACACACACACACACACACACACACACACACACACACACACACACACACAAAGGAUCAGUAACAUGUGAGUUGCUUUUUGCAAUAUUUAUCUAGACUGUUGUGGCGGGAGCAGAAGCCUGGAGUGGGGACAGUUUCAGCAACCUAAUGCCAGCGCCAGCUUACAGUCCUGGAGGAUAAAAAUCCUGUUUUUGGCCUCCAUUCACUAAGAGUCAUGACCUGACUCGCCGUCCAAUUCACUGUAACAGAAGGAAAAUAGCAAAAGCUAGCUCAGCUACUGAGCUCCUGCUAUUUUCCUUCUCCUUGUGAAAUCUUGAUUAGAGCAGGUUUAAGGUUAUGAGAAAUAUUUUUGAUUUAAACUAAAUUUGUCUUAAAGGUUUGCACUAAGCAAUGUGGACUAAUGUGUAAACUUUAUUGAGAAGUAAAGAGGAAAGGCAAUCAGUUGUUGUGUGUAUGUACCCUCAUUUCACAUUACACAACUAGAUGAGCAAGACGGAAGGAAAUCAGCAUUACAGUGACUGUGAAUAAAAGAAAAGGAGAGAGAGAGCUGG